CUAAACCUGAACCAGGAGACCUGAGCCCGAGCGAGGAGAGCUGCUGUGGGACCUGUCAGAACUUGUAGUCCAGACCGUGUGCAGCGAAGAUGGUGGUGGAAGUGAAAGGUCGGGUGGAGGCGAUGGAGGGGAACCAGCAGAGAGUGGAGGCAAACAUCCUGCUGCUGGGAGCUCACAGCGUCGGAAAGUCUGCUCUCACCGUCAGAUUUCUGACCCGGAGAUUUAUCGGAGAGUAUGGAGAAAUUGAGUCUGUGUACAGUCGAGUCGAGCGGAUCGAUGGUCAGGAGGUCUGCUUUAACAUCUUGGACUCUCUGUACACACAGGACGGUGAGACGAGUCCGUCCGUCAGUGACAAACAGCUGCAGUGGGCCGACGGGAUCAUCCUGGUCUACAGUAUCUGUGACCGUCGCAGCUUCGACGUGGUCCGUCUGCAGCUGCAGCAGAUCCGUCGCAGCAGGAAGCUAUCGUCCGCCCCUGUCGUCAUUGUGGGGAACAAACGAGACCUUAGCAAUCAUCGCAGUGUCUCCGGUGAGGAGGGACGGCUGCUCGCUCUGUCUCAACACUGCGCCUUCUUCGAGGUGUCAGCCGCAGAGACGUACCACGGCGUCCUGCUGGUUUUUCACCAGCUGGUCGACCUCGUCAGAGAGAACCGAGCGCUGAGGAAGAGCUUGGCUGGUGUCCGAGGGAUUGUCCGGAGUGUGUCUGCCGUGUUUGCAAAGAAACGAGCCGAGUAGACGAGAAUGGAAGAACCCACGGUGACAUCACAGUGAACACUUCCUGUCUUCAUGAGGGAAGGUCAAAGGUCAGAGAGGUGAUGGACAGAGGCAGGUUGGAAGAGCGCGUUGACGUGAAGUUGGUCAAAGAAGGUCGUACAAAUGUUUUGUUUCAGAGCGACGUGAGACGGCCCGAGCUGACUCGACAGAAAAACAUGCAUGGAGACUUUUAGCCAAGCUGGCGCCAUGGCAACCGCCGAAACAUCUAAACAGCUAUUAGUGGACUGAUUGUGAUGACAUGUGAUUCAUCAUUCGUGUUCAUGUAAUGAUCCUUACCUUUCAUCCAGCGCCAUCAUCAGGUCAUCAUAUUAGUGUUUAAUGACCUUCACAUCAGCCUCACUGUACUUUAGGUUUACUGCUACAGAGCUAAUGUUAGCUAAAGCACUAACACGCUAAACAUACAUGUGAACAGGGUUAACAUUGUAGCUGCUGAACUUUAGCAUGUUAGCAUUGUUACUGUUAGCAUGUUAGCAAACAAAUCCUCAUCCUGCUCCUCAGAGGAUGAACCCUUCACAUUAUAAUGCUACUGUGGCUGUGAUGAACCCUGCAGCCUCUAGAGGGCGCUAACUGGAUAUGAGACAUGUUUCCAGUGUCACUGGAAACUUAUACUGUGUUUAACUCAACAUAUUUGUUGAUAAAAAUCUGUUUAAAUGUUUAUUUAUUGAUUCUUGUUUGUUUGUUUGUUGGAGUCAUGAUUUUGACCUCGUCCACACAGUCACGGGUGUUUUUUGUUGACAAAGCUUUUUUUAUGUGUUUUGUUUUUUUGUCCAACAAACUGCGUUUUAGGUCACUGAAAACGAGCCUUUAGUAAAACUCCGUCCAGGCUGAAGGUUUUUAGAAACUUUUUUUUUAGUGCAGCCUAAAAUGGAUCAAAUCCAGACAGUGAAACAGGUCAUUUUAUGACGGUUGUGAUGCUCAAAAAAAAGUCUCCACUGAGUUAUUGACGUCUCUUUCGCCAUGUCAGUCAAUGGUAGCAGUCUUUUUGGGCUGCAAAGCAUCCCUCAGUGGUGAAAUUACACUGUUUUGCCGCCACAAUUGGCUUCAAAGCUCCUGGUAGAAGACUUUAUGUUGUUUUAGGAGAACACGUACCUGUGCAGCCGUGAUGAAGUCCUCAGGAUCUGAAGGCCGGAGUCAGUGUUGGUGUUUCGACUGAGCCAACAGUUAAAAAUCCAGCGUCUCUGAUUUAAGAUACCGUCACAGGAAGAUGAAAUAUAUUGUUGUUAGCCCUGUUAUGAGGUCUGGUUAAGAUAUUACAGAGGAUUGUGUAGAUUUUAGUUGGAUUGUCUCAGGCCCAAACUUCUCAGGACAACAUGGUGGCAGCCAUCUUGAAUCCCAAAAGGCACCAUGGCUCUUGACAGAGCUUCAGUUGUGUUGUUGUUUAAUUUGGAGGAGGGAAAAACCAUGUUUACAGAAACCCCCGUGUCUGUGUGGAAAUGAUUUCUGGUUCACAAUGUUUCAGUUUAUUAUCAUUAUUUCACUUUCUGAGCGUGGUGACGUUCACCGAACACUGCUUGUGUAAAUAAAUAUUUAUACAUGUUGAUGUGAUGGAAACAGAACAAGCGAAGGUCAGAUGUGAAACUUCAGAUGUUGAAAAUGACUCAUGGUGCUUUUUUUUUUGUUUUUAAAUAAAAGCUGAACAAAGAAACUUGAGUCUUUUUUUGAUUCUGCAACAAACAAAGUGAAGCUGCAGAGCUCAAA